GGCUGGGCCAGGCCGAAGUCAGGAGCUCCACUAGGGUCUCCGGCAUGGGUAGCAGGGACCCACCGAUUUAAGCCAUCUUUCACUGCCUUCCCAGGUGCAACAGCAGGAUGCUGGAUUGGAAGUGGAUCAGCCAGGACUAGAAGCAGUGAUCUGUACCUAGGAGGAUGGAGCCGAGCACCUGUAAGAGCAGUGACUCAGAAGAGGAAGACUACGCUGAGGACGAGGGCCCCGAGGAGGAGGAGUGUGUUGAAGGGGAAGCUCCCGUUCCGUCUAACCCUUCACCGCAGGCACCCCUAAAGGAUGAAUGUAAGGCAUUUGAGAAUGGGAUUCCCUUAUCCAUUGUAGCCAAGAAAAUUCCAAAGAAAAUCAUAGCCCCAACCGAUGACUUAGAAGCUGGGAGGAGAAAGAGAAGGCGGAAACACAGACUCUUGGCCAUCAAUCUGACCAGCUGCAAGUAUGAGAGUGUGCGACGGGCAGCCCAAGUGUGUGGCCUGAAGGAGGUGGGGGAGGAGGAAGAGUGGACUGUGUACUGGACAGACUGCUCCGUGUCGCUGGAACGAGUCAUGGAAAUGAAGAGGUUCCAGAAAAUCAACCACUUCCCCGGCAUGACGGAAAUCUGCCGCAAAGAUCUGCUGGCGCGGAACCUCAACCGCAUGCAGAAACUCUACCCCUCCGAGUACAGCAUCUUCCCCCGCACCUGGUGCCUCCCGGCCGACUACGGGGACUUCCAGUCCUAUGGCCGCCAGCGAAAGACGCGCACUUACAUCUGCAAGCCCGACAGUGGCUGUCAGGGACGCGGCAUCUUCAUCACUCGAAAUCCUCGGGACAUCAAGCCGGGGGAGCACAUGAUUUGCCAGCAGUACAUCUCCAAGCCCUUCCUCAUCGAUGGCUUCAAGUUCGACAUGCGCGUCUACGUCCUGAUCACAUCCUGUGACCCCCUGCGGAUCUUCAUGUACGAGGAGGGCCUGGCCCGCUUUGCCACCAUGCCCUACGUGGAGCCCAGCUCUAACAACCUGGAUGACGUCUGUAUGCACCUGACCAACUAUGCGAUCAACAAGCACAAUGAGAAUUUUGUGCGGGAUGAUGCCGUGGGCAGUAAGAGGAAGCUGUCAACACUGAACACCUGGCUACGUGAGCACAGCUACGAGCCUCGAGAGCUGUGGGGGGACAUUGAGGACAUCAUCAUCAAAACCAUCAUCUCGGCCCAUUCUGUGCUCCGCCACAACUACCGAACCUGCUUCCCCCAAUACCUGAGCGGAGGGACAUGUGCUUGUUUUGAGAUCCUUGGCUUUGACAUCUUGCUGGACCACAAGCUAAAGCCCUGGCUGCUGGAGGUAAACCACUCUCCCAGCUUCACCACGGACUCCCGCCUGGACCGGGAGGUGAAGGACGCGCUCCUCUGUGAUGCCAUGACCCUGGUCAACCUCCGCGGCUGUGACAAGAAGAAGGUGAUGGAGGAAGACAAGCGGCGAGUGAAGGAGCGGCUGUUCCAGUGCCACGCACAGCCCCGAGAGCCCAGGCGGGAACAGGUCGAGUCAUCGCAUUUGGCAAUGUUGGAUCAGCAGCGCUACGAGGAUUCCCACCUCGGGGGAUACCGGCGCAUCUACCCUGGGCCCAACAUGGAGAAGUAUGCUCCCUUCUUCAAACACAACAGCUCCCUCUUCCAGGAGACCGCAGCCUCCAAGGCCAGGGAGGAGUGUGCCAGGCAGCAGCUGGAAGAGAUCCGCCUGAAGCAGGAACAGCACGACACCUCGGGUGCUAGACGGCGAAAGGAAAGCAAGGACCAGAACCAGGGCGAAUCUGCCGGGGAGAGGAGCCGUGUCAGGCCGAGGCCCCGGGGCCCUGCCACUCACCUGGCUCACAGGAACCGGAUCCAGGAGAGAGAGCUGGUCCCAGUGCACCUGGACACCAUGCAACCUCAAGAUAUCGUGGAAGAGGAGGAGCUGGAGCGGUUGAAGGCCCUGAUACAAAGGGAGAAUCUUAUCCGAAGCAUGGGUAUCACACAGCAGCUCACCCGCAUGCUGCACCCCAGUCACCAGGGCCAGAAAAAGCUUCAUGAGUAUCGGCCUAGAUGUCACCAGGACGGGCCGGGCAAUCAGGAACCACAGAUGGCGAAUCUGGUCCCACUGAUGUUCCUGAGAGGCCCUGCUGCGAGGCAGGUCACUCCUCACCUCCUGCACCUGGUUCGGCCCCAGGAAUUGAUCCCUAGGAUCUUACGGCCGCUGACAAACGUGGACGCUGCGAUGCCACACCAGCCCCGGUGCCACCUGCAGUCCAAGAGCUUCAGCUGGACAGGAGACCCAGCAGUCAGCCCCCGUUUCUUGUCAAUGAAGAGAUCCGGGAGGCACUAUUUUUCCAGCACUAGAUUCAGGCUCACUGGCAAAGGCCAAGCCAGCAGAAGGCUAGAAGCCAUAAACCGCACCCUGACGGGAUCAGUGCCGCCCACCCUAACCCCAAAGCAGGGCUACCUUCUGCGACCGGAGAGAGCGGCAAGUGAAUCAUGGACUGGAUGCACUUUGCCCUCCAUGAUACAUUCUGAACACAUAGCGACCAAGCGCCUCACCCUCUGCCGCGCCUCUGCACCCGCGCAGCCAUCCGGUGCCCUCAACAUCACCCAGCACAGGUAAACGCAGGAGGGAAAGCCCAGCACCGGACCUCUCCCGGAGACGCCCCUGCGGUGCCCAGAGGGCCUUCGACCUGCUCGACGAACGACGGCCACCGGGUUCCAGUUUGAACACAGGACCCCCGGCUGCAUGAGGCCAAAAGACACCAAGAAUAGCCCUAAGAGUGCUUGGGGAUCCACAAAGACUCAACGGCGAAGGGGAGCCACGGCUGCCAUCGCGCUCAUCACCUUAGCCCGUGCUUUACUCGCUGGGCGAUGGGUUCGAACCCUGGGUGCGGCCUGGGGCUGGAGAUCAACCGGGCGACAAGCAGCCCCGUUCCCGGAGGAGCCGAGUGCCCACCGCACGGGGCCUGGGUAGCCUCAGCAGCCGGCCAACGGGGCGCCCUUCCCGCUGAGUGAUGGCGACAGUCAGGCCUGGGCAG